AUGAAACGGUACAACAAAAAGGAACAAGACAAAUAUAUCAAUGAAGUUCAGCAAGAUGAGUUCGACUCCAUAGCAGCCAUUUACGGAGAUGAUUUCCACAUUGUAAAAAACAAUGCAAGUGCUUGGAAUAAAUCGCUUCCAGCAUUCAUGAUCGACUUAAGGUCCCAAAUGGGAACAGACAAUGUAAUAACAGUCUCUGUUCGUGUAGAGUUUACGAUCACGUACCCCAGCACUUCUCCAGUUGUCACGAUUAAAAAAUACAAUGGCUUAGCUACUCUUCAGAUUAAAAAACUCAAUACCAUCGUUGCAGAAUUUUUUAAAGACCCUAACAAUAGAAACCGCGAAAUUGUCUUCGAUCUUUUGACCCUGAUUCAAGAUACAAUCAAUAAUUUUGAGGAUUCCUUUAAAGAAGGAAGUCUUGAGGAACAACGCACUCAAAGAAUCAAAGAAGAGCAGGAAAAGAAAAAGCUAGAAGAAAAAGCAAUAGCUCGAAAAAAGGAGCAAGAAGAAAUUCGUCGCAAUGAAGAGAAAAAUAGACUUUUGGAAGACGAAAAGAAGAGACGCCAACAAGAACUCGAAAUUAAGGAAGCUGCAGAAAGCGCCGCAUCUGCUAUCAAACACCCCGCACCAUUAAUUAAAAAUGACGACACUGUUGUAACAUUUGACAGAAUGAUUACCGUUCGCGCUAACGGUAGCACAAUCAAAUUUAAGCAGGUAUAUGGGAAAAUACCAACAGAAGUUGAUUUUCUGGGGAAACAUUAUCUUGUUAAACCUGUUUUGGAUAUGUCACAAAGUGAUGGAAAUAUAUCUUUUAUGCUCACGGAAAUUGAUUUAGACGAAGACUACUGGUCAACAGCUGAAGGAAAGAAACAUAUACACAUACUUGAAAAAGAUUUAGAGGUUAUUCAUCAGAUUCACCAUGAAAAUAUUGUUUCAUUGUAUGAAUCAAAAAUUUCGCAUUUGGGUUCGGGAGGUUGGCGAAUCACUCUUUUAUCAGAGUACUCACCCUUUUCUCGUGUUAGCUAUUUAUUAGAUACUGUUGAAACUGUGAGCAUCAAGGUCACUAGAGCAUGGGCCAAUCAGUUACUAGAUGGCUUGGAACAUUUGCAUAAGUGCGGAAUAACCCAUAAGUUAGUAAAUGUUGAUAACAUUUAUCUUUUCCGUAAUCCGGAAAUAGGCGAAACUACCGUCAAGCUAAGUAGACCAAGUUAUGGGUAUAAACUACUUGAUAUGAAUGAUCGACACAGGUUUACUUCUACAAGUAUUGUUCUUCCUGAAAGGAAGUGGAAACCCCCAGAGCUUAAUGUCAAACCCACCCCUCUUCCAACGAAAAAAUCAGAUAUUUAUGAUUUUGGGACAGUUGUGUGUCAGCUUUUGGAAGGGAAGAACAUUGUCAACAAAUUUAAAUCACCUUCUACUUUCCUUGAGUCUCCACAUACAUUUGCUCGAUAUAAAGGCACCGAUAUUUUUUAUGACUUGAAGGACUUUCUGGUUAACUCAUUCAACCCAACCCCUAAGAAACGAUACUCUACUGUUGAGUUAUUGACUAGUAAAUUUUUCAGAGAUUUUAACACAACUUCCAUGUCCACCAUUUCUCUUUCGCCAGUCAAUACAUCACAAAGUAUCAGAUUUAGGCGCAGGUCGUCAAAUAAUCACAUGCAACGUGGAAUGAGCAAUAUCAACGGAGCUUCUCAAAUAUUUUCUCGUUAUCAACAUGACUUUAUUGAAUUUCAACUUUUAGGCCGGGGUGCUUAUGGUGAAGUUGUUAAGGCUCGUAAUAAACUUGAUAGCCAAUUUUACGCUAUUAAAAAGAUCCAAUCUACUCAGUCUAAAUUAGAUGGUAUUAUCGGUGAAGUUUGGCUUCUUUCUCGUCUUAACCACCAACAUAUUGUACGAUAUAUUACAGCUUGGCUUGAAGAAGGUCCUUCAAUACCGUCGGAAAAUGCCAUCACCGACGAUGAAGAUGAAUUUGAUGAUGAAGAAGAGUCUUCAAGUAUUGUUCCAAGAAAGACAAAUAGCGUUCACACAAGAUCUGCAGCACCUUCUAAAUCUCCAUCUUUACUUAAUGUUGGAGGACUAAAAGAUUUAUCAUUAAGUACGCCUUUAGAUUUCAGCAAUGGUGGACCAGAAAUUGUUUUUGGAUACAGCUCUGGGGAUGGGUCUCGGUCUGAUUCUGAUUCUGAUUCUGAUUCUGAUUCUGAUUCUGAUUCUGAUUCUGAUUCUGAUUCUGAUGAUUCCAAAGACUCUAAUGGGUCCUAUUCAGAUGAUUCUGACUCUGAUGACUCUGAAGUUUCUUCAGAAGCAAUAGAUUCAACAGAUGAGGACGAAGACGAUACUACUGAAGAUGAUGGUAGUCAUGCUAGCAUUUCCACUGUUGAAGAAGAAGAUGAAGAAGAUUAUGAUACAGACCGCCCUAAAAGUGCUAACAAUAAGCGCAACAUUUUCCGCUCGAGAACAUCCACAGGUAAUCGGCCAAACAAAUCUUUGAUGCCCAUUUCCAAACCUCCUCCAGAAAUAAAUACACUUUUUAUUCAAAUGGAGUACUGCGAAAAUCGCACUUUAGCUGAUUUGAUUAAGGACGGGUUAAGCUCUCAACCUGACGAAUACUGGCGCCUUUUUCGACAGAUUAUUGAUGCCUUAAAUUAUAUUCAUGUAAAUGGUGUUAUUCAUAGGGACCUUAAGCCAGUAAAUAUUUUUAUUGGUCAAGGUAACAAUGUUAAAAUUGGCGAUUUUGGUCUUGCAAAAAGUAUUGGCCAGAGCCUUGUUACCUCAUCAUCAACAGUGACAGCUCCUGAAACAGGGGAUGAGCUUACACAAGAAGUAGGGACAAGCCUAUACAUUGCCCCGGAGGUGCUUAAUGGGAGUGGUACAUACGAUUCUAAAGUUGAUAUGUAUUCACUGGGUAUUAUUUUUUUUGAAAUGGUGUUCCCCAUGUCUACAGCCAUGGAACGCGUUUCUAUUUUACGAGGUAUUCGGGAUCCUAAAAUCAUUUGUCCAUUUGAUUUUUUGGCCUCAAGAUAUGAACGUGUGCAUACACUUGUUGUUAAGCUUCUGGAUCAUAAUCCGAACCAGCGGCCAUCCGCAAUGCAACUUCAAUCAUCACCUCUUGUUCCUAUGCCUCGAGAAGACGAAGCUACUGAAAAAACACUAAUGAAAAUUAGAAACACAAAGGGUGAUUCACAUUUGAUUUCUCAGGUGUGCAGUGCCCUAUUUUCAAAAGAGUUGGACACGAUUUCAGCUAUUUUAUAUGAUAGUGGAAUUGACGAUUACCGAAAGAGUACAAGCGACUAUUUAUUAUUGAGUCAUCUUACUGAAAUUAUUUCUGGUGUUUUCCGAAAUCAUGGUGCUGUUCCAAUUGAUGAUCGAUCAAUAAUUUUCCCUAGUCCGGCAAUUUAUGAAUACGGGAACUUGGCAAAACUUAUGGAUCGAUCAGGAAAUAUUCUUCAAUUACCUUAUGACUUGACAUACCCAUUUGCAAGAAAACUUGCCCAAGCUCCUAUCAAUGCCUCAAAAAGUUACUAUUUUGGUUCAGUUUACCGAGAACGCGACGAGGACUCAAAUAAAAGCUUGGAGCCAAGGAAAUGUAAUGAAAUUAGUUUUGACAUUAUUACUCAUCAUACAGCUGAUUCCAUUUUUAAUGAAGCUGAGGUGAUUAAAGUUUUAGAUGAAAUAAUCAAUGCUUUGCCAUCUUUUAAGCCAGAAAGUGUUUCGAUAGUUUUAAAUCAUUCUGACAUAUUAGAUGCUAUUCUUAAAUUUUGUUCUAUUCCACAGCAACACCGUUCUUCUGCUUUAUUGCUCUUUGGACAAUAUGGACUGCAGCCAACCUCAUCAGAAGUUAAAGAUAUGAUUCUCAGUCAGCAUGGGUUGUCAUCAUCGUCAAUAACAGAUCUUGAACUUUUUGGGUUCCGCAAUACUUUGGAAAAUGCAGAAGCCACAAUUGUUAAGCUCUUAAGAGAUAGUGACCCAGGGAAACUUUUCCGCGAAGCAAUUGAGCACAUUCGUGAGGUAAUUCAUUAUCUUCGCAAAAUGGGAGUGACCAGACCAAUUUAUUUGGCUCCAUUGAGUCACUAUAAUCCUGAGUUUUACAAAGGAGGAAUUAUGUUUCAAGUUGUGACUGAAGACAAGAAAAAAUAUCAACCGUUUAAUUUCCUAGCUGGCGGUGGUCGUUAUGAUUCUCUUAUUCGAGGCUUACAAAGCCAAAUGGGCCUUGAUAAAGGUGUUACUUCUAAAGCAGUUGGUUUCAAUCUUUCUCUUGAUUUUUUGUAUGGGUCCAUGUUUGCAUUCCGAGAAGGUUUGAUUCGAAAACAAAACAAAAAGAAAGACCGACAUUCGGAUAUAAAUGAAGAGCUCUCUGGGUGGAUUGAACCUCGAUGUGACGUUCUUGUUGCAAAUUUUCAAGCAACCAAUAAUUUAGACAACUGCUUGGAAAUUUUAAAAAUGCUAUGGGACGAGGGGUACAGGGCUGAUUUUAUUCAAAAUGCAGGCUCAUCUGAAGGUGUUUUUCAAGUAGCAGAAAAAGAAGGUGUCAAGUUUGUUGUUAUUGUAAAGCAACAGGCUAGUUAUGUUUCUUCAAAGAACUUUAAGCCGAUACGCAUCAUCUCUAUAUCUACCCCUCGAACAGACCUGGAUGUUUCAAAACGAGAACUGAUUUCCAAGCUCAAUAUCCUUUUUUCAGCUAGAGAUAGGGGAACUUUGAAAACAAGCAACAGCAAUUCUGGAAGUACUGGUGGGAAUGGGAACAAUAAUGGUUCUCAUAUUGGCGGGUUGCAUGUGCGAGCUUCGUCAGGAACUUCCAACAGUCAGGGGAAUACCAUGACUGGUGGAAGUAGUACCAUGGUCGGCCCCAAUAGCGCUGGAUUUCACCAUCAUCAUCAUCAUCAUUUUCAUAACAUGGAUUCUUCUGAAAUGACAGGAUCUGGAGGUUCUGACGCUUAUCACGGGAUUGAAAUUCCACAAAACCAAAAGAUUACAAUUUUGAGCGAAGGGAAAGUUAAAGGUGGAAAGAAAAAUCAAUGGAAGAUUGAAGAAAACGCCCAAAACUCAGCGAUGAAUCUGAUGCGUGAAAUUGGAAGUGCACCUGUAUAUUCGCUUGAUGUGAAAGACGAUGUGUUGGAUGCAAUUUUGGCAACAUCACUGGACCAAGCUGAAGAGUGGAGACGCAAAGUUGUAGGUCUCUCGCCAUCGCAAAAAGCGUACCUAAUGGAGACACAAACAGCUCUUUCAAAAGAAGUGGCACGAGGGACACCCUACAUUAUUUUGUACAGUAGUAAGACAGACCGCACAGUGAUAUACUCGGUGUCACAAAACCGGGGCUUUUGA